AUGGAGACCAUCAAGAACGCCGGCAACUUCGUCGCUGACAAGGUCAACGCUGCCACCUCUGAGGCUUCCAAGACGACCAACAAGGAGGUCGCCAAGGACUCCAAUGCUAGCGCCGGCACUCGUCUCGACGCUGCUGGCAAUGCCAUCUCCGACAAGUUUGACGAGAAGAAGCACGAGGCCUCCGCUGAGACCAACAAGCAGAAGGCUACCCACUAA